GUGGGUGCCACGAUUCGGGAAUCGUGUGACCAGACAGUGAUACUGAUGCAUAUAAAAAUUAAAUUCAUGAUACGCCGAGGGCAAUUGGCCUCGUGUGCAACAAAGAGCAGUCUCCAUGCACAACAGUGGUUAAUAACCCUGGAGGCACCAGCAUAAUUCUUAUUUAGGUGGCUAUUCAGUUGUUUCUAUGACAAUUAACGAAACAAAACAUUGAAGGGCUUCCUGGAGUUUAUAAAAUGCAGCGAUUUUGCGGACUCACUAGCAUUUUUCUGUAGUUCUUCCAUUUAUCAUUAUGGAUGAUGUUUUGAGAAUUAUUCCACUGAUUUUACUCGUUUGUUUUUCUGUUGUCGUUGGUAAUUGUCAAGACGAUGUUGAUGUGGUUUUUAUUACGAGACGAAGUUCGAGAACUGCUGAGAUUCCUCUAGAGUUCACCGCAUUCAAUCAAAAGUUCAACCUCAGACUCAGGCGCAACGACAAACUAUUGGCCCCAUAUUUCCAAGUCUGGCGUCACGAGGGCUCUAACACCGUUCAAGAAAUUCCAGAGCUGAGUAAACCUCGUCCCUGUCAUUAUCUUCAUCAAGAUAACUUCAGUACAGCGGCUUUAAGCAUCUGCGAGGAUGGACUCCACGGUGUGAUAUUGCACUCCAAUGCAACACUUGAAAUCUCGCCGUUGGAAGAAAUCCCAAUAUCCGGAGAGGGAGUUCCUCACUUGGUCAAGCGAUCGUAUAUUUCGCCUCCAGAGUACUUUCAGACUAGUAGAAAUUACGUGGAGCUUCCAUUGGAUGCGAUUCCUAGGUCUAGAAGAGGUGCCUCACCCGAAUUAACAAUAGAGUUGGCUGUUUUCUUUGAUGAACCAGCCUACAAGCUUUUCUCCCCAUUUUUCAACAACGAUGAGAGAAAAAUGCGAGAUAUGCUGCUCGCUUACGUAAACGCUAUUCAAGCCCUCUACUAUCACCCUAGCCUCGGCUCAAGGGUCAACAUUGCACUUGUACGCCUGGAUUUGAUGAAGAAACAACCCCUGACUCUACCCCACCACGAUGGCCAACGGGAGAAACUUCUAGACUCAUUCUGCAAUUAUACGACUAUCAACAAUCCCAGAGACGACGAGCAUCCCAAUCACUGGGACAUCGGCUUAUACGUGUCGGGACUAGAUUUUUACGCAGACGAGAACGGAAAGAGGAAUGGCGUUACGAUGGGCCUUGCCACCGUAUCCGGCUCAUGUUAUCAUCAGUAUUCCUGUGUCAUUGCUGAACUGGGUGUGACUAAUCGGUUGGGGAAACCAUAUCCAUCCGCUGGAUUCACAUCGGUUUACAUUGCUGCUCAUGAAAUUGGACAUAAUUUAGGAAUGCACCACGACUCAACCGGCAACCCCUGCCCACGAGACGGCUACAUAAUGUCUCCAAGUAGAGGAACAACCGGCGAAACAAUUUGGUCAGUCUGCAGCCGUCAGGUGGUCCUCGAUCUCCCCCAGAAGAAACCGUGUCUCCUCGACCGAACCACCCUUAGAUCCGACAAAUUGCUCGAUCACGAGCGCUUUUAUACCCUCCCCGGUCGCGAGUGGACAGCCAAGAGACAAUGCGAAUUACUGCUGAGAGACAGAGACGCAUCGGUUGUCACGUUCGCCAACGCCUGCCAGUCUCUGCAGUGCAGUAGUCCGCACCGAAGUGGUUACUACUAUUCAGGACCAGCCCUAGAGGGAACGUUUUGUGCGAAUGGGAUGGAGUGUCGAGGAGGUGAGUGCGUUCCUGCUCUGCAUUUUCCCUCGGAUAAGCUCCUGAUGACCAAGCCCAGACUCAACGAAACUGGCUGGAGUAAAUGGAACGAAGGAAAAUGCAGGAGUGGGUGCAUUAAAAAAUCCAGGGGCGCUAGGGCAAAGCGAAGAACCUGCAGAAACGACAGUGCAAGUGAGUGUAAAGGUCUCUCCUUCGCGGUUGACCUCUGCGACGACUCAAAGCUCUGCGAGAAACGCAUAACAUCCGAGGAUUUUGCCACAUUAAAGUGCAGGGAAUUCAGUGCUCGAAUCCCAGAGCUCGAUGCAGAGGCUCGCGGUCUUCAAGCACCUCACGAGGCCGAUAGGCCCUGGAUGGGCUGCGCCAUUUUCUGCAAACAAAGACACAUCGCCUCCUACUACACCCCCAGGGUUGAACUCAAUGAUCUGGGGCUUGAUCCCUACUUUCCCGAUGGCACAUGGUGCCAUAAUAACAACGAUCAGGACUAUUUCUGCUUGCAGCAUCACUGUUUACCCAGCGAUUUUCAAUUCGCGAAGAAUUCAUUGUUGCAGAACAAUCAUCGUGACCUUGAUCUGGGACCACAGAAUGCGCGACCAGGGGGGAAUGAGGUCUCGGAGGAGAUGCGGAAAUAUUUAAGCCUGGGUGGUGAUGGAAGUCCACUGUUGAAAAUUCUUCCUGAAGGGGUUUCAGAGACAGAGGACGGGGAUGAGUGGGUGGAUCAUGAUUAUGUCGAACUUCCUGCUUUUUUGUGAACGAUGAGAGG